AAGUCCAGAAGAUGGAAGAUUGGGAUCUAAAGAAGAACAGAGCAGAACCUCCAGGAUCCAUCAGCCUGUCUAUGAGGAGUGACGCGUCCAAAGAUCGUCCUCUGAACUUCAGUAAUGAACUUGGACCCUCAGACAGAAAAGAUGAGAACCACAGACAAAGAGCAGAGCCUGCAGGAUCCAUCAGCCUGUCUAUGAGGAGUGACCUGUCCAAAGAUCCUCCUCCAGACUUCAGUAAAGAUCCUGGACCAUCAGACCCAGAAUGUGAACACAGGUUCUGCAGACAGUGCAUCAUGUCCUACAGGGACCAGUUUGCUCCAUCUGAACCCUCCUCCUGCCCCCAGUGUGGAAAACAACUCAGAAUAGGAGCUGAACUGCUGACAGCCAAUCAGAGCAGAUGUGCAGCAGCAGAUGUUGGUCUGAAGGACAAUCUAGAAGAACAUAAAAUCAGUCUGAGAAGGAGAUGUGAAUGUGUGACUGAAGGAAGUGAGGAAACAGGAAGUAGAACCCUCCUCAACAAGAUCUACACUGAUCUCUACAUCACAGAGGGACAGAGUGAUGAUAUUAAUACCCAACAUGAGGUGACGCAGCUGGAGAGAGCUUCCUUGUUCCAGAAGCUCCAUGAUUCUGCAAUCAGGUCCCAUGACAUCUUUAAAACCUUUCCUGACCAACAUGGAGCCAUCAGAGUGGUUCUGACCAACGGUAUUGCUGGAGUUGGAAAAACCUUUUCAGUGCAGAAGUUCACUCUGGACUGGGCAGAGGGCUUGGAGAACCAAGAUGUCAUUGUGGUGGUUCUGCUUUCGUUCAGGGAGCUGAACCUGAUCAGAGAUGAGCAGCACAGUCUUUUCACACUGCUCCAUGUUUUCCAUCCAACACUCCAGAAGCUCCCAGCAGAGCAACUGGCUAAAUGCAAACUGCUCUUCAUCUUUGAUGGCCUGGAUGAAAGCAGACUUUCACUGGACUUCAACAACAGUCCACUGGUUUCUGAAGUCACACAGAAGUCAUCAGUCAAUGUUCUGCUGACAAACCUCAUCAAGGGGAACCUGCUUCUCUCGUCUCUCAUCUGGAUAACUACCAGACCUGCAGCGGCCAAUCAGAUCCCUCCUUCAUUGGUUUCCAGGGUAACAGAAAUACGAGGCUUCACCGACGCCUAGAAGGAGGAGUACUUCAGGAAGAGGUUCAGUGAUGAAGAGCUGUCCAGCAGAAUCAUCUCCCACAUCAAGACCUGCAAGAGCCUCCACAUCAUGUGUGGAAUCCCAGUCUUCUGCUGGAUCACUGCUACUGUUCUGGAGAACAUGUUGACCACAGAGCAGAGAGGAGAGCUGCCCAAGACCAUGACUGACAUGUACUCACACUUCCUGCUGGUCCAGACAAAGAGGAAGAAGAACAAGUACCAGGGAGGACAUGAGACAAGUCAACAGGAGCUGAUGGAGGCUGACAGGGAAGUUCUUCUGAAGCUGGGAAGGCUGGCGUUUGAACAUCUGGAGAAAGGAAACAUCAUGUUCUACCAAGAAGACCUGGAGCAGUGUGGUCUGGAUGUCACAGAGGCCUCGGUGUACUCAGGAGUUUGUACAGAGAUCUUCAAAAGAGAGAGUGUGAUUUUCCAGAAAUCAGUGUACUGCUUUGUUCAUCUGAGCAUCCAGGAGUUUCUGGCUGCAGUCUACAUGCUCCACUGCUUCACCAGCAGGAACUCAGAGGUGAUCAAGAUGUUCCUGGGAGAAGAAAGCAAUGAAACAUCUUUGGAUGAGUUCAUGAAGAAAGUCAUGGAGAAAUCCCUUGGUAGUAAAAAUGGUCACCUGCACCUGUUUGUCCGCUUCCUUCAUGGUCUCACUGUGGAGUCCAACCAGAGACUCUUAGGAGAUCUACUGGGUCAGACAGAGAACAGUCCAGAAACCAUCCAGAAAAUCAUCACCAACCUGAAGGAGAUGAACACUGAUAGAAUCUCUCCUGACAGAAGCAUCAACAUCUUCUACUGUCUGGUGGAGAUGAACGACGUCUCAUUUUAUCAGGAGAUCCAACGGCUGCUGGAUUCAGGGAAGGAGCUGUCAGUGACUGAUUGUUCAGCUCUGGCCUUCAUGCUGCAGAUGUCAGAGGUUCUGGAUGAGUUGGACCUGGAGAAGUACAACACAUCAGAUAAAGGACGACAGAGACUGGUUCCAGCUGUGAGGAACUGCAGAAAGGCUCGACUUGGUGGCUGUUCACUCUAUAAAACUGAAUGUGAAGUUGUGGCCUCAGCUCUGAAGUCCAACCCUGAUUUGAUUGAACUGGAAAUAAGUGAGAUUGCACUGGGAACACUGGGACGUUUAAGGUUGAGACGUGAAACCUUUGUAGGUUCUGAUAUGAAGCUUCUGUGUGAGAUCCUGAAGGAUUCCGUCUGUAAAGUGAAGAAUCUGAGAUUGGGGAACUGCUUUUUGCCUGAGACCAGCUGGACUUCUCUGUUCUCAGCUCUGAAGUCCAACCCGACCCAUCUGACAGGACUAAUCCUGAGAAACACCAACCUGGGAGAUUCUGUAGUGAAGGAACUCUGUGGUUUUCUACUAACCUGUCUCUGCAAAAUUCAACAGUUAACAUUGCAGAGCUGCAGUUUGUCAGAGACCAAC